CUAAUUAACAUCCAACCCUUUUCUUUUAAACAGCUUGAGCGUUUUAAAAAAGGAGCCUGAAGAGCAGGGGGCCAUGUUUGAAAAGAAAAAGUAAGACAGAAAGGGUAAGAGAAAAGGAGAAACUAAGAAGCACUGGGCAGAAGAAAAACUUUUGAAAAGACUGAUCAAGCCGCUAGGGAGCUUGCAGACCAGUGAGAGAGAGAGAGAGAGAGAGAUCGGUACUCCCACACGCGAGCUCUGCUGGGAAAGUACGCGGAACUGAACACCAGAUAUCGGACAGUCCGACACUGGGCAACAGAGGGAGGCAGCGUGUCCAGAACAAGAUCGGCGCCCAGCUAGACCGCCCACCACCGGCCGAGUCGCCGAGAUGUCCACGAAGGAGUCCGUUCCACAGGAGAAGUACAAGUUAGUGGUGGUUGGUGGCGGCGGGGUGGGGAAAAGUGCCCUGACCAUCCAGUUCAUUCAGUCUUACUUCGUCUCAGACUAUGAUCCAACUAUUGAAGAUUCCUACACCAAAAUCUGCAGUGUGGAUGGCAUAACAACACGCUUGGACAUUCUGGACACUGCAGGCCAGGAAGAGUUCGGUGCCAUGCGGGAGCAGUACAUGCGUGCAGGUGAAGGCUUCUUGUUGGUGUUCGCCAUCAAUGAUGUUGGCAGCUUCAAUGAAAUCCACAAGUUCCACAGGCAGAUUCAGAGAGUCAAGGACAGAGAUGACUUUCCAAUGGUACUUGUGGGGAAUAAAGCUGACCUGGAGCAGCAGAGAAUGAUUACUCGGGAAGAAGCAGAACACUUUGCCAAGGAGAAUAGGAUUGUUUACAUGGAAUCGUCAGCAAAGAUUCGACAGAAUGUGGAUGAAGCCUUUCAUGAAGUGGUUAAAGCAAUCCGAAAGUACCAGGAGCUGGAAUCCCCGCCUAGCCCCUCCCAGAACACAGCGAAGCAUGACAAAAAAAGCUGUCCUUGUGUCCUGCUGUAAAAUGGGCAAAGCAGGGCAAGUGAACUUUUGUUUUUCUUUUUGUUUUUUGCCCUUCACCUUAGGCAGCAGUUUAACCUUCGCUGCCCAGGGGUCGCUCUCCUGGUAACUGUUUGGUUUGGCACGUUCUGCAAAAUGUUACCCGGGCAACCAGACCUCGAAGUGUUCCCUAGCAACCAAAGAUUAUCCUUGGCUAUAGCAACAGCUGUAAUCCUGCAGCAGAACCAUUUUCUGUAGCAACAUCUGGAAAAUGAAUAGAGUCGUUGCCAUGGAAACCACUACGACAGAGAGCAAAAAUACGCACCAGAGGGUCCCUUUUUUUGUAUUUCUUUAAGUUUAGCACAAGAUCUCGCUCAGGUAAACUGACAUGCCAAGGAUGUUGGUAUUGCUGCAUGCUGAUCACUUACAAAUCAAUGAACCUGUGUGAGGAUGCUUGCCUUUGGACACUCCAGGACGAAAAGCUUUUUUCUUUCAGUUUUUAAUUAGAACUGGGGGGAAAAGCUUGUAAUGACAACCUAGCCACAAUCAGACAAGCAAGAAGCCAAAACCCAUACGUGUGCAUUCUGUCAAAAUAGACUGUGCAAGGAAACAAAUCAUCCUUGAAUCCAAAUCCCCAUCUUACCUUACCUGCAGAAUGAACAUCAU